CAAUCAUACCUUGCCCAGACAAUGUCAAAAAGCCAAGAGGUGUGACAUGCGUACAUCCACUCAGAAACAAUCGGGACCACGGGAGUAGGUAAUGAGUGAGAUUUGCAGAGGUCUAGAAUCAUGACAAUAAGUAUCGCUCCCAUUGUUUUGGAGGAAGUUUUUGUCUACCACCUUAUAAGCAUCAUUUGUUUCAUCAAAAAUAAUGAUCUCAAUCCCUUCAAAGGUCCAUAGAGAAUAUCUGCUAUGAGGAUAGGAUUGAUCGUUAUCGCCCUUUCGAUUUGUCUGCUGGUCAGAGAAUCGUUUGAAGCACCAGCGAAAUCACCACUUAAAAUUUCUAUUUCUGUGUCAUCAUCUUCUGUUCCUACAAUCGAUACCGCCAAAACAUUAUCACUUGCUAAAUCACUUUCAAGUCAUAGUUGGGAAUGGGGAACGACAAUUCAAGCUUCAUUAGAAGUGAACAAUCCCGAAUUAAGCGUUUUUAGCACAAACGCUUUCCCAAACGGUAAAGUUCCUAUUGUCUCGGGAACAGGACAAAAGAUUGACGCAUUAGCAUAUGCAAAGCAAAAGAUUCAAACAAACGGUCCUGCUUUGGCAGAUGGUGCUGGCGCCAUUGGAGAUCCAGCUUCGUUGGGAGUAGGUGCAAUCUUGUUAGGUUCUGCAACUUCAACAAAAAAUACUAUAUAUAAAUCGGCAGCUCAACGUCAAUUAAAUACCGUUUUAGCUGCUCCUAAAUUUUACAAUGGUGCACUUUCUCAACGUGCUAAUGUGGCUGAACUAUGGGCGGAUAAUAUGUUCAUGACUCCACCCUUUCUUGCUUACUCUGCCGUUGCUGGUAAUAAUGUCACUCUUUUACGUCAGGCUAUAAGUCAAUGUGCUCUUUACAGACAAGUACUACAAGCAAAUACUACUUCAACUUGGAAAGGACUAUGGACACAUAUCGUCGGUCAAGAAUCUCAAACGCUGGGUAUUUGGGCAACCGGUAACGGAUGGGCAGCAUUGGGCAUGGUACGUGUUUUAGCAACGGUAAAAAAUUGGCAAACCAGUUCUUCAUGGUCAAGCGAACAAGGACAGCUUAUUCAAUACAUUUUAGAGAUCAUAAACGGAGCAAAAGCCGUACCUGUUGAUCCACAAACAGGCUUUUAUCGAAAUUAUAUUGUUGGAGGAUCAAAUUCACAAAAUAACAAUACAGUUACUUGGUUUGGUGAUGGUGCAGGAACGGCUGCUUUAACGGCUGCUGCUUUACGCUUAGCAGUGAUUCGACCGUCUUUAGCACCGCAAAUGAUCUCUUUUGCCAAGCCUUUGCUGACAUCAUUGGCAAAGAAUACGAACAACGAUGGAUUGUUGUCCCCAACAGUCAAUCCUCUAGACUGGUACACCACAACACCCUUUACUUCAGGCAGUCCAGAGGGUCAAGCUUUUAUCAGCAUGGCAGGUGCAGCAUGGCGUGAUUGCGUCAAUGCUGGUGUUUGCUCUUCUACCUCUAGGAAAAGCUAACCGUUGACAUGAGUCAUUCGAUGUGCUUGUAUUUGCUAAUGUAUCUUUUACACAGACAGAUCGCGAGAGACCUUC